CCGCUCCAUAGCAUCCACUCAAGACGAUCUCCGCCGUCCUGCUCACCUUCUCGCUCACCCCAGAGCUCCCCUGCAUUCUCAGCUACCGGGAGGCGGCAAACUCUCUUGAUCCUUCGGUAUUGACAUAUACUGUACUUCAAAACUUUUCGGUUCUUGCCAUGGCUGCGCAAUCUUGGAACCCAUUCUCGUGCUGCGUCGGCGGCAGCAGAGUGGCGGACGACGACUACGACGACUGCAAGCGGCGGAUCAGGCGGAGUGUGAAAGGCUGCCCGAGGUCGUCCUCGAGGAUGUCCUUCAAGAGCCUCAGCUCGUCGGGGACGCUGUCGCCGGAGGAUCUGUCCAUCACGCUGUCCGGCUCCAACCUGCACGCCUUCACCUACGCCGAGCUCCACAAGGCCACGGGGAGCUUCUCGCGCGCCAACUACCUCGGCUGCGGCGGCUUCGGCCCGGUCUACAAGGGCGCCGUCGACGACAAGCUCCGCCCCGGGCUGGCCGCGCAGGCCGUCGCCGUCAAGUACCUCGACCUGGACUGCGGCACGCAGGGCCACAAGGAGUGGCUGGUUUUCUUCCUUGGGCAACUGAGGCACAAGAACUUGGUGAAAUUGAUCGGGUACUGCUACGAGGACGAGCACCGGAUGCUGGUCUACGAGUUCAUGAGCGGCGAGAGCCUGGAGAAGCACCUCUUCAAGAGCAUAAAUGGCUCUCUCCCAUGGAUGACAAGGAUGAAGAUCGCUGUCGGCACGGCCAAGGGCCUUGCCUUUCUCCAUGACGCAGACCCACCGGUGAUCUACGGCGACUUCAAGGCCUCCAACAUCUUGCUCGACUCGGAUUACAACACCAAAUUGUCCGACUUUGGGUUGGCCCAAGAUGGGCCCCAAGGCGACGAAACACACGUGACAACACGUGUCAUGGGGACUCAUGGUUAUGCGGCGCCGGAAUACAUUAUGACGGGCCACUUGACUGCCAAGAGUGAUGUAUAUAGCUUUGGUGUAGUGCUUCUGGAGCUUCUCUCCGGGCUGCGAUCAGUGGAUCGUUCACGACGGAUAAGGGAGCAGAACCUGGUGGAUUGGGCUAGACCAUACCUCAAGCACUCUGACAGAUUGUACAAAGUCAUGGACCUAGCUCUCGAGUGCCAAUACUCAUGCAAAGGCGCCGAGGUGGCAGCACUGGUGGCAUACAAGUGUCUCAGCCAGAACCCAAAGUCUAGGCCCACCAUGACGGAGGUGGUCAAGGCCCUCGAGCCCGUCCUCAGCAUGGAAGACUUCUUUCCUGUGGGCCCAUUUGUGUUCACAGUCAUUGUGGAGGAGGACAAGGUGGUGGACAUGAAGGUGGGGGUCGAGGAGAAGCACCAGCACCGUUGCCAGAACCAUCAAGACAGGCAUCGGCAGAAGUACCCCGACUCAGCAAUCCAUGCCGGCACUGUGCCCCGCGCCCGCGAUGGGUUCAUUACCGGGUACAACCGGGAGAAAGGGGCAAAAGACUAAGGUAGGGAAGUGAGUAGGACAAUAUGGUAUGCACAGAGUAUAGAGAUGUGAUAGAAUGCCACAUCAGUUUAUUUCAGAUAUGUGGAUUGUGUUUGUUUUCUUCUUUAUAGUUUUUGGGAAGAUCUCAGGGGGCUUACGCCCGUCUUUCUUCUUGAUAGAGACAACGGGGGUUAGAUAAAUACAGGGACGCAAAUUAGGUGACAAAAGUCCGGUUUUGACUUUCGCAAGGAUUAUUCAAGAUGUUGUGAAUGGCCUAGUUAAAAAGGAUGCGCAAUUUUUCUUUCAUUUA